AACAGUUCUCAACUCUGCACCAUUUCCCUCUCGUCCGUCUUUCCCUAGAUUCGAAAAUGGUAGCCACCUUUCUCUCAGUCUUCCCCUACCCGCCAAAACCAUUCUGCACUUGGAAAUCCUAGUUUCAUAUUCUACACAUCGAAUUUUCAAUCUCAGCUCCCAUAUUCACUGAAGUUCACUGUUAUCUGUCGAUCUAGGGUUUCAGCGGUUCCAUUUCGCGACAUUAUGAUGUCGUCUCAGCCCUCUCCCGGCAAAAUCCACCGGUUGGAGCUCGAGAACUUCAAGUCCUACAAGGGAUUCCAAAUGAUUGGCCCGUUCUACGACUUCACAGCCAUCAUUGGGCCCAAUGGAUCCGGCAAAUCCAACCUCAUGGAUGCCAUCAGCUUUGUCCUUGGCGUCCGGACUGGACAGCUCCGUGGCGCGCAGUUGAGGGAUCUUAUUUAUGCGUUUGAUGAUAAAGAGAAGGAGCAGAGGGGCCGGAAAGCUUUUGUCAGGUUGGUUUAUCAGCUGGCCAGUGGUACUGAAAUUCAGUUCACGCGCACGAUUACUAGUGCAGGUGGCAGCGAGUACAGGAUUGAUGGCAGGGUGGCCAACUGGGACGAGUACAAUGCCAAAUUGAAAUCCCUUGAUAUCCUUGUCAAAGCCCGGAACUUUCUUGUGUUUCAGGGUGAUGUGGAGUCAAUUGCAUCUAAAAAUCCAAGAGAGCUAACUGCAUUGCUUGAGCAAAUUUCUGGUUCUGAGGAUUUUAAGAGGAGUUGUGAGGAAUUAGAAGAGGAAAAAGCUAGAGCUGAAGAAAAAAAGGCACUUGCUUAUCAGAAGAAGAAAACAGUAACUAUGGAGCGAAAACAGAAGAAGGAACAGAAAGAAGAGGCCGAAAGACAUCUUCGCUUGCAGAAGGAGCUGAAAAAGCUGAAGCAAGAGUACUUUCUGUGGCAAUUGUUGAAUGUAGAGAAUGAUGUAGCAAAAUCCACGAAGGACCUUGAAGACGAAGAAAUAAGACGAAGAGAAAUUGUUGAUCAACUGGAAAAGUACGAAAAUGAAGCAAGAGAAAAGAAGAAAAAACUAAGUGGAUACUUGAAAGAAGUUGCAUUGCAUGAGAGGAAGGCUGCUGAGAAAAAGAGUAAACUUGAUAAGAUUCAAUCUGAAGUUGUAAAAAAGAAGGAAGAAGCAUCUCGCAUCAGUUCAAAAAUUAAAAGUACGAGUAAAGAGAUAGAAAAGAGACAAGGAGAAAAGAAGAAACAUGCUGAGGAGGUACAGAGACUUCAGAGAGACCUGAAGGAUAUUAAUGAUCAACUGGAUAAGUUGCGUCAGAAAAGUCGCGAUGCUGGUGGGAAACUUCAAUUAGCCGACAGUGAGUUGGCGACAUAUCAUCAAAUCAAGGAAGAAGCUGGCAUGAAAACUGCAAAACUGAGGGAUGAAAAGGACGUUUUAGACAGGAAACAGAACACUGAUAUUGAAGCUCAAAAGAAUUUGGAGGAAAAUCUUCAACAGUUGGAGAAUCGGAAGCAAGAGCUGGAGUCACAAGAGAAACAAAUGCAAAGCAGAUUGGAAAGAAUUCUCGAGGCAGUAAGAAAAAACAAGGAAGAGUUAGAUUCAGCAAAGAAAGAACAACAUAAGAUGAGAGUUAGACAUGAAGAUUCCAGGCGCAAAUAUGAAAUGCUGAGGUCAAAAAUUGAAGUUGUAGAUAAUCAAUUACGUGAGCUGAAGGCUGACCGGCAUGAAAGCGAGAGAGAUACAAAAAAUUCUCAAGCAGUUGAAACAUUGAAGCGUCUCUUCCCUGGUGUUCAUGGUCGUAUGAUUGAUCUUUGUAAGCCAACACAAAAGAAAUAUAAUCUUGCGGUAACUGUUGCAAUGGGCAGAUUUAUGGAUGCAAUAGUUGUUGAAGAUGAUCACACAGGCAAGGAAUGCAUCAAGUAUUUGAAGGACCAAAGGCUUCCUCCCCAGACAUUUAUACCACUUCAAUCUGUCCGUGUGAAACCGAUAAUGGAGCGUUUACGUGCAUUAAAUGGAACUGCAAAAUUAGUGUUUGAUGUCAUCCAAUUCAAUCCAGCAUUGGAGAGGGCAAUAGUAUUUGCGGUUGGUAAUACCUUAGUUUGUGAUGUGCUUGAUGAAGCCAAGCAUCUUAGCUGGGAGGGUGAAAGAUUUAAGGUUGUGACUAUUGAUGGUAUUCUGCUGACAAAAUCGGGUACAAUGACGGGCGGUUCUAGCUCAAGUAUUGAAGUACGCUCACAUAAAUGGGAUGACAAAAGAGUUGAAGAACUGAAGAAGAAAAAAGAAGCACUUGAAUCAGAAUUGGAGGAUCUUGGUUCAAUAAGAGAUAUGCAUCUCAAGGAGUCAGAAAUAUCAGGCAAAAUAAGCGGGCUUGAAAAGAAGAUUCACUAUGCAGAAAUUGAACAGAAAAGCAUUGCUGAUAAACUUACAAACUUGAACCGUGAAAGGGACACAAUUGGAAAUGAGAUUGGUCGCUUGAAGCCUGAACUUAAGAAGUUGGAAAGUGUCAUUCGUGAAAGGGCUUCUGAAAUCCUGUCUCUAGAGAAGAGAAUCAAUGACAUUGUUGAUCAUAUCUACAAGAGAUUCAGCGAGUCUGUUGGCGUUAAAAAUAUUCGUGAGUAUGAAGAGAACCAUCUCAAAGCUGUAGAACAGAUGGCCGAGGAAAGGCUAAGCCUUCACAAUCAACAAUCAAAGAUUAAAUAUCAGUUGGAGUAUGAGCUGAAGCGGGACAUGGACUCAAGGAUUAAAAAAUUGCAGACAACACUUGCCAAGUUAAAAAAUGAUUUGUCAUUGGUUGAGGAGAGUGAGAAGGAAUUGACAUCAACAAUCGAGAUAAUAGGCAGGGAAAUUAAGCAUCACGAUGAAGUAGUUAUGGAGUGGAAAUCCAAAUCGGAGGAGUGCGAAAAGGAGAUACAGGUAUUGCAGAAAGAGAUUUCCUCUGCAACGACAAGUGUUAGCAAACUUAGUCGUCAAAUAAAGUCGAAGGAGGCACAGAUGGAGCAGUUGAAUGCAAGGAAACAAGAGAUACUGGAGAAGUGUGAACUAGAUCAGAUUAACAUUCCUACUAUCUCUGAUCCAAUGGAAACGGAUGGGCAAACUCCUGGCCCUGUUUUUGAUUUCAGUAAAUUGAGUAGGGCUUGUCAUCAGAGUACUAGACCAUCUGAUAGAGCGAAACUUGAAGCAGAUUUUUCGGGAAAAAUUGCUACCCUUGUAUCAGAUAUUGAAAGAACUGCUCCGAAUCUCAAAGCUCUUGAUCAAUAUGAAUCUUUGCGCCAAAAAGAGGAUGCUGUUGCUAAAGAGUUUGAAGAAGCAAAAAAUGAAGAGAAGAAAGUAACUGAUGAGUACAAUAGAAUUAAGGAGGCGAGGUAUGAAUUGUUCAUGAAGGCCUUUAAUCAUAUAUCUGGAAAUAUUGACAAAAUUUACAAACAACUCACAAAGAGCAACACGCACCCCCUUGGCGGCACAGCAUAUCUCAACUUGGAUAAUGAGGACGAGCCAUACUUACACGGUAUUAAGUACACUGCAAUGCCACCAACAAAGCGCUACCGUGAAAUGGAGCAUCUAUCAGGCGGAGAGAAAACGGUUGCUGCACUUGCAUUGCUUUUUUCUAUUCACAGUUUUAAGCCUUCGCCGUUCUUCAUAUUGGAUGAAGUUGAUGCAGCACUGGAUAAUUUAAAUGUUGCCAAGGUGGCGGGAUUUAUCAAAUCAAAAUCAUGUGGUGGAGCCCGACUUAAUGCGGAUCCUAGCGAAGGGUGUGGCUUUCAGAGUAUUGUGAUAUCACUCAAAGAUAGCUUUUACGACAAGGCCGAAGCAUUGGUUGGUGUUUACAGAGAUUCAGAUAGAAGUUGCUCGAGGACGCUGACAUUUGACUUGACCAAGUACCGCGAAUCAUAAGGCUGCUACCAUUUCUCUCCCCCGGCGGUGUAAAUAGAAAGCACAGUUUAUUUGCCAGUAGUAUACAAUGACUAGGGAUGGACAUGGACGCGAGUAGCUUCAGUUUAACUAAUACAAACAGCCAACAGGACGGUGCGGGUUAAAUAUAGUUUGUGUUGUACACAUUGUUAUAUUUUUACUUGUUUAGUUUGAUUGUUCACUGUCCAUGUUUGACAUUGAUGCUAGCUUAUCUCAUAAGUAAAGAUAUUGAGACUGGUACUGUGCAAGACAGUAGAUUUGAGUAAAAGUGCUGUCCAGCGACUAAAAGUGGAGGAUCGGCAGGUCUUUUUUAACCCUAUCGACGCGUGAACACUGUGUGGAGGAAUCCUUUCAGAUCGACGAAGGAACGAGCCAUUUUUUCCGGCGAGAGUCGUCCGUCGGCGACGGAUCGGGACCUCCAAUCUUUCUGUUUCGUUUCCCUUAGCGCGGACCAGGUGAGUUGGAUUCCUUUAUAUUUUUUUUAUUUAUUUAAUUUGACUUAUUCUGCCGAAUUAAAGCGGGUCUAAGAACAAUGGCGAGGACCGAACCCAAAGGACGCCAAUAUAUCAUUUUGAUUGAAUCUUCAAACACUUUCCUAACAUUUUGUCACUGCUACGUGUUUGGAAUUCGCAAAAUUUGACUUCUUGGAUUUCAAAUUACAAUGGAGUGUAUGGAUUUCUAGUUGAGCUUUGUUGGGAAUUUGGCUUAAAUUCUAAUAUUUUGGAUAACCAAAGAUGUAGUUUGGGUCAAAUUUGAAACUGAAAUCCGAAUUAGAAUUCACUCACCAGCCUUUUUUCAAUUCUUCUAAGAAUUUUCAUCGCAUUAACAAAUCUACAAUUUUUUU